AUGGAUGAAGUUAGUGAAUAUUCUGAAAUGAUAAACUAAAAUAUAAACGUAAAAGAAAUUUUAAGUUAUAGAAAUUUAUUGAAAAAAUUCAAUAUUUUCCACUUCGAAAAACCAAUAGAAAUUUUAAAUAAUCCUGAAAAAAUAAUUAUUAUUCACAACACUAAUAACGAAAGUUUUUUUAAAAAUAUGAUUUCAUUAAAAAGCGAGUUUUAUGAUUUGACUUUUACUUAAAAAUUUUUAAAAGAAAAAGAACUUUCAGAUUUUCUAAACUUCCAAAAAAAAGUCGAAUUAGUACCUUAGAAAAAUUUCCCUGUUUUAAAAGAUACUAUUUUGGAAGAUAUUGACAAUUCAUUUUAAGAUUUUAAAACUCCUUAAGUUAUUUUGAGCAACGAAAACGGAAAAUUAUUUAUUUAAGUAAGUAAAAUGGAAUUUUAAUAGCCUAAAUAAGUGAUUUAUUUAUAAUUUGCUCACGA